ACCCCACAAAGCAAGAAACAAUCCUUGCACCCCUCCCCUGCGUCACCCCACCAUAUCCGGCCAGCCCAACGAAAAUGUCGCGCGCCACAGCUGCGGUCCUCUUCUACAUCCUCGCCGUCGCUGCCCUCAGCGCGGCCGAGGCACCGGCAGAGUCACCGAAGGCAGGCAGUCCUGCCAAGGCACCGGCCGAGUCACCGAAGGCAGGCAGUCCUGCAGCUCCUGCCAAGGCACCCGAGUCUGCUGCCACGAGAACUGCCCCCGCUAAGGCACCUCAAGCCGCCUCCACCCCCGCCGCUGCCGCUGCCCCAUCGUCGUCGUCGUCUAGGAAGUCUGGUCCAGCUGCCGCGCCGACCACCGCCGCCUCUACACCGUCUUCUUCCACGGACGAGGAGUUGAGCCCUUCGCCGUCGGCAUCCACCGCCGAGGUGGCGUCCCCUGCCGCUGAUGGGCCUGCUGAGGGACCGGCGGCUGCUGAUGCCUCCGGUGCUGCUACCCUUGGAAGCGGAGCUGCCAUCGCUGGUGUCGCCGCUGCUGUCGCUACCAUGAUCUUCUACUGAGUUCACCAGGGACCGUGUCGUCGAGGGUGGGCACGUAGUUGGCUGUGCGGUAAUUGCUCGUCUGGUCGGGAGGGACCAAUAACGCAAGUGUUGCUUUGCUUUGCUCACUUCGUUUGCUCUUGUAACUUUAUGGGGUCAACCGUUAUAUAACUGAAACGAUUUGAUUAAUUGAUACUAAUGCUCUCUAUCUGUCAUGUAU